UACGCGGAGCGGGUGGGCGCUGGAGCUCCCGUCUACAUGGCGGCCGUGUUGGAGUACCUGACGGCCGAGAUCCUGGAGCUGGCGGGCAACGCGGCCCGCGACAACAAGAAGACGCGCAUCAUCCCCCGCCACCUGCAGCUCGCCAUCCGCAACGACGAGGAGCUCAACAAGCUGCUGGGCAAGGUGACGAUCGCGCAGGGCGGCGUGCUGCCCAACAUCCAGGCCGUGCUGCUGCCCAAGAAGACCGACAGCCACAAGGCCAAAGCCAAGUGAGCAGAAAAGCUGCGA